GUGUGUGUGUGUGUGUGGUGAGCAUGAAGAUGGAGACUGCUGGAGCUGUGCUGCUGUUGCUGUGGGCUGCUGUGGUUGUGGUUGCAGCAGAGAGUGGAGGCCUCCAGCAUGAAGCUCCAGGUGCAGCUGCAGCCUCCACCCAACAGACCUGCCAGCCUGAUAUCCACACUGUGCUGAGAGAGAUGACCGCUCUGGUAACGGAGCAGAGAGUGGAGCUCAAAUACACUCAGACACAAAUGGAGACCAUGGAGAGCAGAUUGAGAGCCAGUGAGAAGAAAGCAGAGAUCAUGGAGACCAGACUGAGAGCCAGUGAGAAUACAGUUGAGGAGCAGAGAGUGGAGCUCAGCCUUACCAAAGCCCAAGUGGAGAAACAAAUAGAGGAACUGAAGAAAGAAAACGGAGACAGUAAGGUGGCUUUCUCUGCCUCCUUUGCUGUGUCGGAGAACAAACACAUCGGACCCUUCGACACUGCAAUCACCCUGAUCUUCAACCACGUGUUCAUCAACAUCGGCAGCGCCUACGACCCCAACACAGGCAUCUUCACGGCUCCGGUGAGAGGAGUGUACCAGUUCCACUACCACAUCUUUGCUGGCGGUGCCCACGGAGCGGGAGCCAACCUCCAGAAGAACGGCCAGCAUGUGGUGGCCGCCUACAACCACAAAGCCCCCCACGACAUCAACACCUCCCAGGGGGUGUCCCUGCAGCUGGAGAAGGGAGACACCGUGUGUCUGCGUCUGGGAGGGGGGGCCUGGGUAUCUGCCUAUACAAGGCAUUACACAACCUUCAGCGGGCAACUCCUCUUCCUCAUGUGAUGGGGAGGUGCCCACAAACACACACACACACACACUCACUCACAAGCACACACACACACACACACACUCACUCACAAGCACACACACACACACUCACUCACAAGCACACACACACACUUUUUCCCCCCAAUGUUUUUUUUAUUAAAUGUUUAACAUGUAAUCAUUACAUACAGUAGUAUAUUUUAUCACAGAGGAUUUACAUGUAUGAUGCAACAAAAAUAAAACUAACUAACUAACAGAAAAGUCUUCUACACUUGGGGCUUUUGUAUUCUUCCAAAAUAGUGCAAUUAAGCGUUUUCCUUGUAACAAGCACAUAUCAAUGAAAAUAUAUUCCCUUCUUCUCAAUGAUACUGUAGCUCAAGAGGGUAUAAAUGUAGAACAAAUGAUUGUUAAGCUGAUAUUUGUGAUUUUUUUGAUCAUGUCCUUUACCCCCUUCCAGAAUGUAAAUAUAUGUUCACACACUCCCAUAUGCAGUGAUAAAGAUCACAUUUGAAUUUGCUACAUUUUAUGCAGGUAUCAGGUAUCAGGUUGGAGUUACAGUAUAUAGGUUCGCAUCAACCACUUAUAUUGUAACAGUUUCAGUCUUACACUUAGAGUUUGGGUUUGAGCUUCCACAUGCCUCCAGACAGAUCUUCUUUUAGGUCUUUCCUCCAGGCUUCUAAUCUAUUAAGUGAUGACUCUUGUGAGCCUGAUACUGAUUCCAUAAAACUGUGCAAUUAAACCUCUAUUAUAACAAC